AGGGAAAGUUCCGAGUAAGAAGGAGUUCUGGCCAGCAAAUGCCAAGAAGGGGAAAGAGUUAAAAUGUGCCAAACUGCAGACUGUAAGUAACCGAACAACCGUGACCCUCUGUAACCUCCUGGGUCGCAGAAGGAAGCUGGUUGAGUCACAUGCCUCCUUUGGGGAAGUUGGCUGUGCGUGUGGCCCUCAUGGGAGGCCAGAAAUCAGACCAGAACCACCCUGAGUGCAGACCCAUCCACAGCUUCCAGGAGGCGUGGGGCCUGAGCCCCGUGGACGCGUUCCAAGGGGUCAGCGAGUCCCGGGGGCACGGGGCGGAGAGCGUGUCGGUCAUCUCCAGGCUCCGGGGGCUUCUGCACCAUCCGCUGCUCUCUGCCGUGCCAGACCGUCCAGGCCCGCGGGGCUGAGCUGCACCAUGGAGGACGGACGCGAGCUGGACCUCACCUACAUCACCGAGCGCAUCAUCGCCGUGUCCUUCCCCGCCGGCUGCUCCGAGGAGUCCUACCUGCGCGGCCUGCAGGAGGUGACGCGGAUGCUGAGGUCCAAGCACGGGGACAACUACCUGGUGUUAAACCUUUCCGAAAAGAGAUAUGACCUUACGAAGCUCAACCCAAAGAUCCUGGACGUGGGCUGGCCGGAGCUGCACGCGCCGCCCCUGGACCAGGUGUGCACCAUCUGCAAGGCGCAGGAGACCUGGCUGAACAGCGACCCGCAGCACGUGGUCGUCAUCCACUGCAGGGGUGGAAAGGGACGCAUCGGUGUCGUCAUAUCCUCCUACAUGCACUUCACCAACGUGUCGGCCAGCGCUGACCAGGCCCUCGACAGGUUUGCAAUGAAGAAGUUCUAUGAUGAUAAAGUUUCAGCCCUAAUGCAGCCUUCCCAGAAGCGGUACGUGCAGUUCCUCAGCGGGCUCCUGUCGGGGACGGUGAAAAUGAACGCCUCGCCGCUCUUCCUGCAUUUUGUCAUCCUACACGGCACUCCCAACUUCGACGCGGGCGGAGCGUGCCGGCCCUUCCUGAAGCUCUACCAGGCCAUGCAGCCCGUGUACACGUCCGGGAUCUACAACGUGGGCCCGGAAACCCAAAGCAGCAUCUACAUCGCCAUCGAGCCCGCCCAGCUGCUGAAAGGCGACAUCAUGGUCAAGUGCUACCACAAGAAGUACCGCUCGGCUACCCGCGACGUGAUUUUCCGCCUGCAGUUUCACACGGGGGCCGUUCAGAGCUUUGGACUCGUGUUCGGAAAGGAGGAUCUGGACAACGCGAGCCAAGAUGACCGCUUUCCCGAUAAUGGCAAGAUUGAGUUGCUUUUCUCCGCCACUCCCGAGAAGCUUAAAGGGUGUGAACACUUGCGCAAUGACCAUGGCGUGAUCGUGGACUUCAACACCGCAGACCCUCUGAUCCGCUGGGACUCCUAUGAGAGCCUGAGCGCGGGGGGAGAAGCUCCGUCCAGACACACCGGACCUAAUCCGUCCUGUGGACCCCGUGAGCCGCCUCGGCCGGCAGCACGGAACUCAGUGCCGCACACGCAGGGCCCCGUCGAUGGCAGUCUUUAUGCCAAGGUGAGGAAGAAGAGUGCCUCGGAUCCUGGCGUCCCAGGCGGGUCUCCAGGCGUCCCCACCGCCAGCAGCCCGGACCACGGCGACCACACCCUGUCCGUCAGCAGUGACUCUGGCCACUCUACCGCCUCCGUCAGGACCGACAGGACCGAGGAGCCCCUUGCUGUGGGGUCCAGGCGGGGCCUGAGCCCCCAGGAGAAGGCCGAGCUGGACCAGCUGCUCAGUGGCUUUGGCCUGGAGGAUUCCGGAAGCCCCAUCAAGGAUAUGACGGAUGCCCCCAGCAAGUACAGCGGGACACGCCACGUUGUGCCUGCUCAGGUGCACGUGAACGGAGACGCCACACUCAAGGACCGGGAGACGGACAUCCUGGACGACGAGAUGCCCGGCCAUGACCUGCACAGCGUGGACAGCAUUGGUACCCUGUCCUCCUCGGAGGGCCACCCGUCAGCCCACCUGGGCCCCUUUGCCUGCCACCAAAGCAGCCAGAACUCUCUCCUGUCGGAAGGGUUUGGCAGCAACCCUGGUGAGGACGCCCAUGGCAGCCUUGCCCCUGACCUGAGCCUCAGCGUGGACCCCCUGUACGAGCGGGACCGGGCGUUCGGGACCCGAGAGUGCAAGCAGCCGCCACCAGUGCUCCGGAGGCCCUCGGUGUCCGCCCAGACUCAGGCCUACGGACAGAGUGGCUACUCCACGCAGACCUGGGUGCGCCAGCAGCAGAUGGUGGCCGCCCACCAGUACAGCUUCGCACUCGAUGCCGAGGCCAGGCUUGUGGGCCGCGGCCCGGAGGACGGCCCCGGCCUGGUGCAAUCCCAGCCCAGGGUUCCAGUCACCCCCACUCGGGGGGCAGGCAGCAGAAUGGCCAUCCAGAGAAGCCUGGGCCCCGGGCCCCAGGUCCCUGAUGCACAGCGGCCCCCUCCCGGCAGAGCAUUCAAGCCCAGAUUUCCAGACGUCAGAGUCGUGAAUGGGACUGGACCGGAGCCGAGCGCGGACCCCUCCCCGGGCUCACCCACCCUGGACAUCGAUCAGUCCAUCGAGCAGCUCAACAGGCUCAUCUUGGAGCUGGACCCUACUUUCGAGCCCAUCCCCACCCACAUGAACACACUGGGCAGCCAGGCCAAUGGUCCCCUGCCCCCUGACAGCGGGGGAGGUGUGCUGCGGGCAAGCGGCCUGCAGGACAUAGGAGAGGGCCCGGGCAGGGCCUCUGUGCGGCAAGGCUCCUCGGGGGACGAGCCGCUGGGCGGAAGAUUCCGGAAGCUGAGCCUCGGGCAGUAUGACAACGAUGCUGGGGGGCAGCCAGCCUUCUCCAGAUGCGGAUGGGGGAAGACCCCCGGUGCGGACCAGGCCACAGGUCUGGCGUCUUUCCUCUCUCCAGCAGAUGCCAAGGAGACGGUGGCCGCCACGUACCCCCCAGACCCCAGUGGGAUCAGCGGCAGGACCUUCACACCAACCAAGGGUGGCGCUGACUCUGCCUCUCCCACGCCGGCGUUCCCUGUGUCUCCAGAAACACCGUACGUCACAACACCCCCACGUUACGCGCCCUUCACCCCGCCAGGGCCGCAGGCGGGCAGCGCCGGUGGUCUGUACAGAGACACUCACGAUACUCGAGGCUGUGCUGAGAUCCUGCAUCGCGCGGCGGGGAUGUCCGAGAGCCCCGGGGGGCCCAGACCUGCGGCGCUCCGGGCCGACGUGCCGGCGGGACCUGCCUUUCAGCGGGCGUUCGUGUCCUCCUGCACCGGCUCCAGCGGCAGCCCCAGCCAGCGGCGGGACAGCCCUUCUUCGGCCGAGCUCCCGUGGGUGGAGAGCAGCCCCAAGGCCACCCCGGCUCUGCUGGGGAGCAGCCGACCGGCAGGAAGUCUCAGCGCUGAAGAGUUCUCCAGCCCCGGUCCUGACGGCCCCGGGCGGCCCCACCGCCCGCCUGCGGAGUUCCAGGCCUCUUUCCACAACCAUGAGCUGUCCCUGGCAGAGCCCCCCGAAGCUGUGGGCCCCCCAGGUGGCCAGGCCUUCCUGAGCUUCGGCACGGCUCCCGUGGGAAGUGGCCUUCCCCCGGCAGAGGACCCAGGGGCCUUGCUGGCUCAUUCCCACGGAGCCCCCCAGGCCCCUGGCACCCCGCGGACAGCGGCGGCCGACAACGGCUUCCUGUCCCACGGCUUUCUCACGGUGACUCCUGGCCACAGCAGCCACCACAGCCCGGUCCUGCCGGGCCAGGGCCUGACCCUGCCCGGGCAGCCGCCCCUUCCCGAGAAGAAGCGAGCCUCAGAGGGGGACCGGUCUUUGGGUUCGGCCUCCCCCUCCUCCAGUGGCUUCUCCAGCCCGCACAGUGGAAGCACCAUGAGCAUCCCAUUCCCAAACGUCCUCCCGGACUUCCCCAAGCCUCUGGAGGCCGCAGCGCCCUCCCCAGAUAACCCGGGUGAUAAGCACGUGUCCGUGAACUUCGUCCAAGACACAUCCAAAUUCUGGUACAAGGCGGAUAUCUCCAGAGAGCAAGCCAUCGCCAUGCUGAAAGACAAAGAGCCGGGCUCAUUCAUCGUCAGGGACAGUCACUCCUUCCGAGGAGCCUACGGCCUGGCCAUGAAAGUGGCUACUCCUCCCCCUUCCGUCCUGCAGCUCAACAAGAAAGCGGGGGAUCUGGCCAAUGAACUCGUUCGGCACUUUCUGAUCGAGUGUACCCCGAAGGGAGUGCGGUUGAAAGGGUGCCCCAACGAACCCUAUUUCGGGAGCCUGACGGCUUUGGUGUGUCAGCAUUCCAUCACGCCCUUGGCUUUGCCCUGCAAGCUGCUCAUUCCAGACCGAGAUCCGUUGGAGGAGAUCGCCGAUAGCUCUCCCCAGACGGCGGCCAACUCGGCCGCAGAGCUGCUGAAGCAAGGAGCAGCCUGCAACGUGUGGUACCUGAACUCCGUGGAGAUGGAGUCGCUCACCGGCCACCAGGCCAUCCAGAAGGCCCUGAGCCUCACCCUCGUUCAGGAGCCGCCUCCCCUGUGCACGGUCGUGCAUUUCAAGGUGUCGGCCCAGGGCAUCACCCUGACGGACAACCAGAGGAAGCUCUUCUUCCGGAGGCACUACCCCGUGAGCAGCGUGAUUUUCUGUGCGUUGGACCCACAGGACAGGAAGUGGAUCACGGAUGGACCCUGCUCCAGAGUCUUCGGGUUUGUGGCCCGGAAGCAGGGCAGCGCCACAGAUAACGUGUGCCACUUAUUCGCAGAGCAUGACCCUGAACAGCCUGCCAGUGCCAUCGUCAACUUUGUGUCAAAGGUCAUGAUUGGCUCCCCUAAGAAGAUCUGACCCCUCCCAGCCCGAGACCGCGCGGGGCUGGAGCGUCCGCUGCCAGCAUCUGGCCAGCCUGACGUUCCAGCCCCACGAGGGCCGGGGGCUUCUCCUCCGGCUUCACAGACCCGAGGACACACAGCUCCCCGUCUGCUGUCCUUCCCCGAAACACUGCUUGCCAGCACAACUCUGUAGCCAAGCGCUUCCUGGGUGGAGGAAAGUGGGAUCCACGCAGCAGGGCCGAGCGAGGACGCGGGUCCCCGUGCCCCUUGCACGCCGGCAUUGGUGGGAAGGAGCGCAUCCAGCCCCUGGACGGCAGCCCUGGGUGACCGGGGGUGCCACCAGCCACACGGAGGGGCUCCGUCCAUCCAGCACCGGGGGAGGCCUCUCUCCCACGACAGAGACACUAGCUCACCGAGAAGGGGAUGCAUGUUUGCUGAAGGUCCGUGCAGGUCGGGCCCUCCCAGAAGUCCGGGGGCACGAGCCGGCGGGGGGGACACGCUGGCUGCGAGGACCAGGAAGGCCACCUGGUCCCUGGGGAGGGCACCGAGCUGCCCGAGCGCCCCGGCCCGGUGGGCAGUGGUGGCUCCGGCCUCCCACUCUCGCUCCGGCUCCGAACGGGGUCUCGUCCGUGAGAGGAGAAGGAACAUGGACAUGAAGUGUCUUUUUGUGUAAUUUAUAUUCUACUUACGCCAAAUUAUUUAUGGUAAAUUGCUGGGCAGGAUGGGGUCCCGGUGCUGCGAGCUGCCAGGCCGAGCCUGUGCCCACGAUCCGGGGCCACGUCCCCGACAGGCCAGCCUCAGCAACCUUGACCUCCCCAAAGCUCACUGGGGGAUAGUUCCCAUCCAGCAGGCGGGUGACAUCCUUUCUGGGGAGGAAGGUUCCGGAGGGCGGGUCACAUUUGGGCAGAGACUCGGCCCUGCUCUCCCAAGCAGUUCUGAGCCCUCUGAGCCGUUGGCCACUUGUCCCGACCUCUGCGGCCCCCGUCUGGGAUCCUGCAUUUCCGGCAUCCCGAGCGGAGGAGGAAGAUAAGGAAUCCCAGUCCUUGGAGGCUGUUAGUGGCCGAGAGCCGCACCCCUGCGUCUCCGAGCUACCGAAUCCAGAUGCCAGUCACGCCACGGCUCCUACGGGUCCCCCAGGAUGGACCGGGGGCUCGGUCUCCCCCCACACGGCCUGGGCACCCCAUGGCUCUGGGCUCCCAGGAGCUGCCCGCUCUGCCCAAGACCAGCUCUUCGGGCCCCCCCGGGCAUUGCCAGCAGGCAUCACUCCAGCGGUGCGAACGUGAUAUUCUCUGUUAAGUGGGUCCAAGACGGAUGUGGGGAAGCCCAGAGCAGAAAGCCUCAUGUUGCCAGGUGUCGGACGCAGGUGAAAGUGGGGGACGCAUCUGCCGUCCGGCUCUCUCCAUGCCCCAGACGCAAGUGCCUCAUUUCUGUGCCAAAUGUUUGCCUGGUCUUCACAGACCUCUUCCCUGACAGGUGUCGGUGUGGCUGUGUGGGACACGUUGGCGUCUCCUGGGGACCCUGGGGACCUGGUCCUCAGCAGAGGCGGCUGGCAUCUCGGGAUUCCAUUCAUGGCAGAGAUUCGGCCAGAGGGGACCCGAGAUGCCGUCCCCAAGACGCACCUCAUCCCGAGAUGGCUUCUACCCAGUUUGACCCAAAGACCGCAGGUCGGGUCCCUCACCCUUCCCAUUAAGAGAGGGCUAGUUUAGAAACGGAGUGCGGGUGGGUGACCCGGCCUCUGGGUCCUCCCGUACAGUCCCCGUCCCGAGCGCUCAAGAAGCCACAGCCCCUCACUCGUGAGGCAGACCGGCCGCCUGUGGCUUUUCCUGGCCGCGGCCAGGAUGUCAGGAAGUCUGCUUCCCGGUUCCUGAUGAGCCGGCGUGGCAGGUUUCUUUUCCUGUUACACGUGCGUCAUGCGACGCAAGAGGAACCCGGGAACUCGGGGCUCCGACCUCGGGGAUCCCCACCCCCACCCCCACUCAGGCUCGGGGCCGCUCCGUGGAAGGUGCGUGGCCUCCGGGCGCUGGCGGGCAGGGGGUCCUGUCCCGGGGAGGUCCACGGUCCCCACCGCCUCACAGCCAGGGUCCUGUUAGCUCGCUCAUUAACCGGUCGCUGUGUCCUCCAGUGUUAACCUGGCACCGGGGUAAGCCACACCGAAUUUAAGGUCUCCGCGUGUACCCUCGGCGUCAAAGACCUCGCGUCUCCUUAGCGGCCUUAUUGUUAGUGGGUAUUUUUACUUUUCUUAUAUUGUAAAGAAUAUAUCCAGUAUGUAAAUGAAUGUUCUAUAAAACCUUUGUAUAGUCGUUUUCUCUGCUUUUCAGAUACAGUCUCUAUUCAGAGUAUAAUAAAAUUAUCAAUGUGGUAAA